AUGUUAAAAACGCUGAAUACGACCACCAACCAAGAAACCAGAUUCAUCGAUCGAUAUCUCGUUACCCAUCUUCAUGUUAAACAGGAGAUAAUGGAUUCAGGAGAAGGUAAGCCUAGGUGGGUUCAUUACGCUAAUAGUUCCGUAGUUCAAGAAGAUUACAAGGGAACUUCACCAUCUUCAUCUAAAUCACCUUCAGAAGAAAGUCCUGGUGAUGGAGUCAAGUUAUAUGAUCUUGCAGGUGACACCAAAUGGUGGUUACACCAUCAACCUAAAGAAAAUCCCACCUCUUUCUGGGAACCAUCAUGGGAAACCAUGGAAAUGGAAGAAAAAUAUGCAAAAAUCAAGGAAUUUGAAGCAGAGAAAAAGAGUCAAGAUGAACUGAGCAAGGCUGAGCUUUUGGAAGCACUUUGCCAUUCUCAAACACGAGCAAGGGAAGCUGAAAAAGCUGCACAAAAAGCAAACAACGAAAAAGAAGACAUGAUCAGUCAGUUUAUGAAGCAAGCUUCACAGCUAUUUGCUUACAAGCAAUGGUUUCGUAUAUUGCAACUGGAAGCUACUAGGAACAGUAAGUAUCAUCAGCAAAGGGUUUGGAAGAGAAAGAAGAAGGAGAAGGCUGACUCUGGAUCAUCAAGAUACAAAAAUGGCAAGUCUUUUGGGAGCUUUGUUUUGGGUUUGAGUCUUGGUGGUGCGGGUUUCUUACUUGGUUGGACAUUGGGUUGUAAAUUGAUAAAAAUGGAUUCCGCUGCUCCUGUGAUUGAAAAAGAUGCCCAAAAAACUAUUCCAUCUCCAUGGGAAUUCAGCUGUGAUUUGGAUGUAGAUUAUAAGUCCGAUGAAAAUGCUCGCAUAGUAUAUUCAACACUAGCUGUUGACAAGGAGCUUCAACCAGAUAAAGUCAAGCGGCUGAUGUCAGUGUCUGAUGGGAAACUUUCAGUGCAUUUUGAAGCAGUUGAAGCUAGAUUUCUUCGUGCAUCAUAUAGCGCCUUUAUGGAUGCCUUAACACUAGCCACAAAAACAAUCGAACAAUUUGGUGAUCUUGAGCAUCAAAACAUGUAG